CAUUGAUAUGGAGAUGUGGGACUAUAAAUAGGAGGGAUGAAGCCAGCACAGAUCAGAUUCUCUCUACAGAGACCUCUACAGCACACAGAUCCAGACAUGGCACCUACAAUCACUGCAGCAAUGACCAAUUCUCAGGAGCAUCUCACUCUGACCCACAAGCUCAGAAAGCCUCUGGUGGAGAAGUUACGCAGAGAGCGAAUCAACAGCAGCAUUGAGCAGCUCAAGUCUCUCCUGGGUCCAGAGUUCCUCAAACAGCAGCCAGACUCCAAGCUGGAGAAAGCAGACAUCCUGGAGAUGACAGUUUGUGUCCUGACACAGCUGCAGCAGCAGCAUCAACAGCAGAGAAGACUGCUGAACCACUUCAACAAGCUGCAGUCUUCCUCUGAUAACAACCUGACAGAGGCUGACUUCUCUCCUCUGAGCUCCACAGUCCAGACCAGCAUCACCAAAGAACAGAGUCCAGUCAACAGCGCCCUCUGGAGGCCGUGGUAGACACCUACAGACUGGAGUUUCUACCAGACAA